GGCGGGACGUACAGAACUUGUCCAUGUCGGGAGAGCACCUCGACUCCAACCUCUCCUCACUCGGGAGCGCAAAGGAAAGUGUCCUAAUUUUUUUUAAUUUUAUGGCUCCGCAGUCUUUAACAGCGGGCUUUUGACAAGACUCCAGCUAUUUUUUGUACGUAGAAAGCGUCUCAAGGCAUGGAUGUAUCGAUGAAUUUCUCCGGGAAACUAGCAAACGUCGUCCUGCUGGUGCUCCUCGCAGCUCAAGGCUGUGUUUCAUCAAAAGCAGAGGACAGGCUGUUUCGGAGGUUGUUUCGGCGGUACAACCAGUUCAUCCGACCAGUGGAGAAUGUAUCUGAUCCAGUCACAGUGGAGUUUGAGGUCUCUAUAUCUCAGCUGGUCAAAGUGGAUGAAGUGAAUCAGAUAAUGGAAACCAAUCUGUGGCUCAGACAUGUCUGGAAUGACUACAAACUGAAAUGGGUCCCUGCUGAAUAUGAUGGGAUUGAGUUCAUACGAGUUCCAUCCAAUAAGAUCUGGAGGCCAGACAUAUGUUUGUACAACAACGCUGUAGGUAAUUUUCUUGUGGAUGACAAAACCAAGGCUCUGCUGAAGUUUGAUGGCACCAUAACCUGGGUUCCUCCAGCUAUUUUUAAGUCUUCCUGCCCCAUGGACAUCACCUACUUUCCCUUUGACUACCAAAACUGCUCCAUGAAGUUUGGUUCCUGGACUUAUGACAAGGCCAAGAUUGACCUGGUGCUCAUUGGCUCAAAGGUGAACCUGAAAGACUUCUGGGAAAGUGGAGAGUGGGAGAUCAUCGACGCACCAGGAUACAAGCAUGACAUCAAGUAUAACUGCUGUGAAGAGAUUUACACAGACAUCACCUACUCCUUCUACAUCCGCCGCCUGCCCCUCUUCUACACCAUCAACCUCAUCAUUCCCUGCCUGCUUAUCUCCUUCCUCACAGUGCUUGUGUUCUACCUCCCGUCUGACUGUGGCGAGAAGGUCACUCUGUGUAUCUCCGUCCUCCUCUCUCUCACUGUGUUCCUGCUGGUCAUAACUGAGACCAUCCCUUCAACGUCACUUGUCAUCCCUCUCAUUGGCGAGUAUCUUCUCUUCACCAUGAUUUUUGUCACACUCAGCAUUGUCAUCACUGUCUUUGUGCUGAACGUCCACUACCGCACGCCCAUGACUCACACGAUGCCGGAGUGGGUGAGGACUGUGUUCCUCGGGGUGCUGCCCAGGGCCAUGCUGAUGAGGCGGCCUAUUGACCAGAGCUGCUCUUCCACUGCAAGUAUUACAGGAGGGAUGGUAGGAGGAGGUGGAGGAAACAAAAAGAGAAAGACCAGCAUAGGAGGAGGAUCAGGAAGUGGAUCGGGAAGUAUAAGUGUUGGGGGUAUAACUGGAGGUGUAGCAUGUCCACCUCUGGAUAAUGGCUCAGAGGCAGGAGAAGCUUCUACAGCUGGUAGCUCCAUGAACUGUGUGGAAUAUGGCGAUAUGAACAGGAGGUUCCAUUAUAGAGGCAAAGAAGUACCAACUCCUGUCCCUCCCCCAGUGGUGCCACCUCUGCAGAUGCCCCAGAACAAGGGACCCCAGGAGUCAGAGCUCUCUAAGCUAUCAAAGUCCCUGAAUGCCACAUCGUCUGUCAACACUGUUGUCGCCUUCUCUGUGGUGUCGCCAGAGAUCAAACAGGCUAUCGAGAAUGUGAAGUACAUCGCAGAGAACAUGAGGACUCGCAACAAAGCCAAAGAGAUGGAGGAUGACUGGAAGUAUGUCGCCAUGGUCAUCGACAGGAUCUUCCUCUGGGUUUUUGUGACAGUUUGUGUGCUGGGAACUCUGGGACUCUUUCUUCAACCACUUAUCAGCUUCUUAAAAUGAGACGACUGUCUUUGUUCUCACUCGCUCUGUUUUUGUCUGCUUCCUUGAGUCUCUGUAACCCAUGUGAAUUACUUUGGGAAUUAUCCCUCCUGCCAUGCUUUCACAUGAAAGACAGCGCUCUCUUCUUUCCUCCAUUCUAAAUCUGUCUCUCCUCUUUCUGUCUUUUGCUUUUCUUUGAUAAUCUGUAAUCGGCUAUCACUUCUAGCCCUCAGCUGUCUGUUUCCUCACAUGACUUACCCAGAAUUUCCCAUUGCUCCUUUAUCUUAUCCCAUCUGCUAUGUGCACUCCAUGUUUUCUGAAAGACUUUUCCUCUGUUUUUCUGUUGUGCCACUGCCUACAGCACAUCUCUUCAUAGUGCACUCGCCCAUUGCAGCCACUCGUCUUUACACUCCUACUAUUAUUGAACAUGUACACUCAAUGUCUUAUGCAAUAUGUAGCAUUCCAGGUAAUUAUUAAAGUAAUUAUUAUUAUAAUUACUGUACUAUAGAGGAACCUCUUAAGAUUCAGAUCAUUAAGAAAGAAGAAACUAAAUACAUCUGAAUGAGUUUUGAAGUAGCACUUUGUCAUUGUAAACCAGUGCAAUAAGGACAAUACACUUUUGAGAAAUGUGGUCAUUCUAUAAAGUCUUAGUUAAAAGAAUUACUCGAAUGUGGCAGUGAUAUGUAUGAUCUUGUGACGUAAAGGUCAUUUAAUGGCUGGAACAUUUUCUUUAGGGUGGUGAUCUUGUUGUCAGAUAUCUGCAAUCACCUUUAUGUUUCCCUGUAUAUACAGUAACAUUGUUUUGCAUGGCUUCUGAGAAGCACACUAGCAGUGGCUGUACAGACUGUGUAUUUCAUAUGUGGUCACACUAGGUAUAAUUACACACUGCACAUAAAGUUGCAACAUCAAUGCAAACUGUUUAGAAAUACUGUCAACUGAACAAUGUAGAUUAAACUUGUAAAAAGACAAUGUAACUAAACAGACUCCAGUAAUUUCCAAUAAUAAAGAAAGUCCUGGAC